CGCGCAAUCUCACUUUCUUUGCUCGCCAGUGCGCAUGCGUAAACAGUGUCAGUGAGUUGGCUGUUUUACUCUCUCCAAACAUAACCUCAAACUUUUCGCGUUAAUAUUUUACAUUUUGAUACGUUCCAUUUCGAAUAAUGGCUUAUCCUAGCACUUUAGAAAGAUUCGGUAUAGGCUUCCUCCUCGGUUUAUUUAUUUUUCUUAUAAUGUGUGUAAUCCGUUUAGUGUACACUUAUGUCAUUGGACCGGCGUUGAACGAAGUGGAUUUCAAAUCGAAGGGAAAGUGGGCCUUGGUAACAGGGAGUACGGAUGGAAUCGGAAAAGCUUACGCAAGGGAGUUGGCAUCUCGAGGCUGUGGUAUUGUUCUAGUCAGUCGAUCAAUCGACAAAUUAAAAUCUACUGCAGCUGAAAUUGAAAACGACUUCAAAGUGCAAACAAAGACAGUUCAAGCGGACUUUUGCGAAGGUGACAGCAUUUAUGACAAGAUUUCAAAGGAGAUAGCCGAUAUCGAAAUCGGCACUCUAGUCAACAAUGUCGGUGUUUCCUACACCUAUCCGGAAUAUUUCCUCGAUAUACCCGAUUGGGAGCAGACAAUUAACAACAUGAUCAAAGCCAACAUUGUGUCAACAACUCGAAUGACCGGUUUGGUGUUACCCGGGAUGGUGCAGCGAGGAAAAGGAGUAGUGAUCAACGUUGGAUCUGGAGCUUCCAUCAUACCCAGUCCCCUGCUUACUGUCUAUGCUGCUACCAAGGCAUUCGUCGAGAAAUUUACGGAAGGUUUGGAGAUGGAAUACAAAAAAAGAGGAAUUAUCGUACAAUGUGUUCUACCAGGCUUCGUUUGCUCCAAAUUAUCUGGUCUGCACCGUAGCUCCCUGAUAGCACCCACUGCGACGUCUUAUGUCAAAUCUGCAAUUAGUCUUGUGGGAACCACUUCGAAUACCGCAGGAUAUUUUCCUCAUAGUAUCUUCUUCUUCGGUAUCAACUUCUUCUACGCUCUAACUAAUAAAUUUAGCGUAUGGCUGGUCACCAGAUCCAUGGAGAACACCCGCAGGAAGGCUCUGAGAAAGAAAGAAAAAAUGGAAGCUUGAACUUUGACUUUCGAUUACGGAGUGCAAAUCGGUUUCCUGUGAUUCUUGAUUCGGUUACAACGUUGGUUAAGUACAUGUUGAAAACACUUAAAAGAUAUGUUUUCGUAGUAUUAUUAAUAAGGAAAACUUGUUAACGAAAAUUGAAGAAGUGAAAGAAACAAAGUUCUAUAUGCGGGUAAUUCUGAUUUUCCCAUUGAGCUAAAAAAUACUAUUAACAAAAAAAUCUCUAGUCUUCUUUAAUUGGGGUAACUCAUAAAAACACUGCAUAUAAAAUCUCAAAGUAUUUUUUUUAUUUUAACACCUACCCUUAUUUAAAUUUAUGACAUAUAUAAUUAUUUUAGUCAAAAGGCAGCUGCUACAAUUGACCAAGAUAAUGUGCCGUCUGGUUUGAACAAACGCUAAGCAAUAGCAGAAAAUUUAAAUGCAACUUUGUUUUUAUCACCAAUCCUUGUUUUUUAAUUACGUCAACAUGUUUUCUUUAAUAUCUGCACUUAGUACUACAAAUCCCUAUCUAAAGUGUUUACACACGUAUCUGACCAGUUGUCCAUUUUAAGAAAGCUGAAAGCCUUAUUUAUUUUAGUUAUAGUUUUAGGUUAACGUCGAUUUUAUUAAGCCAUUCUUAAAUGUUACUCGGUUUUCUGUAAACGUAUGAAGUUGGAACACCCUAUUGUUAUUAUUCUCUUUGGCAAGUUGUUUAAUCUCUUUAAUAUUAAAAGUGCUUAACUUUUUAAAUGUUAAUAUGAAACCUUAUUUUAAUUAUCUCUAUCCAUGCCUACUAGAAAUUGAGUAUUUAAUGUCACAGGUUGAUUAAAGUCAGCGCGACACUUUCUCUGGCUAGCAAGUCAAAAUCAAUCAACAAAAUUGUUGUAUGAUAAAAAUAGCAAAAUGCAAAAAUAAUAAAUAAAAUACCCCGAUGCAUUCGGAUACAAUGGCUGUACGAUAGAUGAUACAUUAUGGGCCAGUCAUCAUGUGGUCUUAACUUCAAUUUGAACCAACUCUUGAUGAUAAUUGGCUCGAUUGUUAUCCUAGUGCUGCUGUUUCUAAUAGUAUGCCACAUAGUUAACGGAAGAUAAAGUUAUGGGCACUAAAGCUGAGUGCUAUAAUAUCGAUGUUAUACAAGUUCUGCUUAUAGCAUUCGCAUUUGUCACCCUCCUCAUGGUUAUAAGUUGGAUGUGCAAAUACUUUCAAGUAACAUAAGAUGGCAGCUGCGAGGAAGGAUUGUCAACUAACGUUUAGCCUUGACCAACUGUUAUCGAUUGUCUGAUCUAUGUACGUUCUCAUAUUAUUAUUUCUAGUGCUGUGCGAUAUAAUGAAAGGAGUGCAGUAAGACCAUGGAAAUAGGGACUGGGAAAGUGGAUUUGAACUCUGUUAUACUCAUCGGUUUCUCAUUCAUAUUAUGGUUACUAGCUAUGAAAAGUAUGUGCAAUAUUAUAUGAGCAUAUUUAUGUGAGCUCCCUUAGUUACAUUUUCAUACCAUACCACUUUGUGGGCAGCCGCAUAAUAUUUUGAAAAUCCCGCAAUAUGUAAUUGCGAUCCACAACUGCCCGUAUUGUCAACAAACCAAAUGCAGAAUGGUAUUAAAUUAACGUGUAUAAAGCUCUCUACAUUGUUAUAAUUUUAAUAAAAUAAUUUUAUUUAUU